CAUACGUGCCCCGCUCCGUCACACACGAACGCACGCACACACACACUCGCCCCACCCGCACCACGCCUCCCUCUUAAGCCAGGAGGUGAGGGCGGCGAUCGCAGUGUUCAGCUCUCGCCACGCGCAGGACCAUGUGGGCUCUGCAAGUACUGUUGGUGGUGGCGCUCGGGUCAGUAUGGUCUCCGGAGAGUUGGGGACCGGGGGGAGUGCAGGCGGCGAACUGGGGUAGAAUAUCACCCAGCCGUUCUUACUCAGUCGUGUAUAAUAGUGGAGACUCCAAAUCCUACUCCUACUCCACGAACCAUGCCUCCUCCGGUGCCUAUGCUGCCGCCAUGGCCCCAGCACCAUCCGCCCCAGCAGUACAGCAGAGAGCAGCAGCAGCAUCCGCGACAAGGAGAGGUGGGAACCAUUUCCGUGACUACAGGACCUACCUGCCGGUGGAUUACACGCCCGAGGUCAAGAAAGCGAGGAAGUCAUUCUUCAACCUCUACAAUAAGCAGGCCAGGAUGGCCGCACUGGCACCAGAUGAUCCCGUUGAGACAGAAAAGGCCCCCUCACCCCCUGCCAAGCCAGCCACCGUCAGAGCCUCCCGCCCCGUAGCCAAGCCAGCUGUCACCCGUGGUUCUUCCAGAGGUACUUCAACUCCCGCCAAGACAAUGGUCGGGGGCUACGACUUCGAUAACUACGACUUCACUGACUACGAGGAGAAGGAAGAGGGUGAGGGUGAGGAGGAAGAAGAGGGUGAAGAAGAAGAAGGUGAGGAAGAAGAGGGUGAAGAGGGUGAGGAGGAAGAGGAAGAAGAGGAAGAAGAGGAAGAGGAGGAAGAGGAGGAAGAAGAAGAGGAAGAGGAAAAAGAGGAGGAGGAGGAAGAUGAGGAAGAAGAGGAAGAAGAUGAAGAAGAGGACGAGGAUGAAGAAGAGGAAGAUGAAGAUGAAGAGGAAGAAGAUGAGGAUGAGGAGGAAGAAGACGAAGAUGAAGAGGAAGAAGAUUCCGAAGAAGAGGAUGAGGAUGAGGAGGAAGAAGACUCUGACGAAGAGGAUGAAGACGAAGAAGAAGAGGAUUCUGAUGAGGAAGAUGAGGAUGAAGAGGAAGACUCUGACGAGGAGGACGAGGAUGAGGAAGAGGACUCCGAUGAGGAAGACGAAGAGGAUUCUGAUGAGGAAGACGAUUCUGAUGAGGAAGACUCUGAUGAAGAAGACUCCUCCUCCUCCUCCUCCUCAUCUGAAGAGGAUCCGUUCGGAGAGGAGGGCGACUCUUCUUCUUCUUCAUCUAGUGAGGAAGAUGAGGAAGGAGAGGACUCAUCAUCAUCGGAGGAAUCGGAGGAAGGUGGGGAAGGCGAGGACUCAUCAUCAUCAUCAUCUUCCUCAUCCUCGGAGGAAGACGAGGACGGUGGCCGCGGAGUGCUCGUGUGGGGACCUCGCGGCUGGACCAGGAGGAAGAGUCCAAGUGCAGCUACAGUGCCCUCCAGACUCAACCUGGUCGCCCCCAAGCCCGUCACCGAGACCCCCGAGGUGAUGCGCGCCAGAAAAAGGUUCUUCGAAAUCUACAAGAUCCAAGCGGAGCUCGCCCGCAACGCCCCCGACCACUGAUCUCGAUCUAUCGUCCUCCCCGUCCCCGCCGAGGUUAUCGUCACGCCAAACAUUCGCACCUGCUCCAGCUGACUCAAAGAUACAUCAUUCGCUCCAGCACAGCAUGAACACACAACAGCGGGACUUGCUUGUACUUUCGUCUCUCACCUGUAUUGAUACCUGCUCUCUUGCAGCGCCCUGUGUUUUUUUUUUUUCAAGAAAAUGUCUAAUCCUCUUUCAUGCUUGUCACACUGCAGUAGUUUGAACAGGCGAAAAUACGAAUUAUAUCCUUCUAAACACAUGGUAGCGCAUGGUAGCAGACCACGAGAGCGACGAGGCCGCGAAGAAAGCAGCGAGGCAUCAGGACGGACACCGCGACCCGAAUAGAAAUGCGAUACGAUUAUGUUUUCAGAGAACCAUAAAUACAGCCUAGAGGUGGAGAGCUCCGAUAGCCAGGCGAUGAUGGGGCUCAGAAAAGCCACUUCGGCUACUCCGCCAAGGUGCAAGAAGGCUUAGGGGGUCAUGGGUACUUAGUCAACUUGCCAACAGAAAGCCAUACCAGCUGGAUCUUAACAUUCAUAUAUUGGAAAGCAUCGGCGGACUGGAACUUACUCAACUAGUUCUUUAGAUCCUUCUAUACAUAAAUAGAUUCUAUUAUUUUAUAUAAAAGAAUUUAAUAUAAGUAGUGUAAAGGAGGCUCUUCGUGACGCUUCAUGUGAACGCCUCAGAGACUCGAAACACUGAACCAAAUAGUACGUAAGUCAAGAUGAAGGUCUGGAGUGCCAGUUCUCCUCUUUCACCUCUUUCUCCGCCCCCUUCAUCACCCCUCCCACUUCCUCUCCUCUUCCUGUUUGUUCCCCGCUGCGUCUCCAUGCCAGGCACACAGCGGGCAUCCUCGCAGCGGGAAACAUGACACGAGUCUGUAUAUCUCAAUAAAUCCUGUGCCAGACUA